CACACACACACACACACACACACACAUGUGACAGGCGUGUGGCGAGCAGUCUGCUGGUGUCUAGUGUCUAGUGUCCAGUGACCAUCUUGUCCAACCAGCGCGUGUCGUGCAGGACAAGAACAGGACUGAUCGUUCCAGCCUGACAGACAGACUCCUGCUGACCCCCGGGCCCAGGGUUGACUUUUGAGGGACGUGAAUCGCAUCUCCACCCAGGCAGGAACAAGGAGGCGGAGUUUGAAUCGCGCUGUGGCCACUCUCACUCUGUCACUGUUACACCAAGGCAGCCAGCACCACCUCCACCGCCACUCUGAAGGAAGAGCUUCAUCACCAGCAGCAGCAGCAGCAGCAGCCAGAGCUAUGGACGACAACGUAGAGGACUGCCCUGUGUGCCUCAACACCUUUGACGACACCCACAGGCGGCCACGCAACCUGCCGUGUGGGCAUACACUUUGCACGCCGUGCAUUAAUGAACUGAAGGAGCAGGGUGCCGUCACGUGCCCCACGUGCAGGGUGAGUCACGCCCUGCCUGAGGCCGGCCAGUUCCCUAUCUCCUAUAUCACAGAGGCCUUUAUCAGGAAGAUGAGAGGUGCAGGACUGGCCUGUGUGGCACCCAAGCCAGAAAAGCAGCUGACAGCUCCGGCAGCAGUGACACAGCCUGCACCAAGGGCCACAGCGGGACUCAGCAAAAGGACACGGUCCCUGCUGCAGGAGCAAGAGGCAAAGGUCCUGGCCGCCAUCCGCUCCUGCCAGGAGGAGCAGAGCCAGCUGGCAGACUACCGGACAACCCUGGGUGGGUGGUGUGGCCGCCAGCAGCAGCUGGAGGACGACCUCCAGACGCUGGUGGACCAGAGCAAGGGUGCCCGGGAGGCGAUAAGCCACGAGGACUCCCGCGUGGAGGGCAGGCAGGAGAAGGUGCGGCAGAGAGAGGAGGCUUUGCACGCCAUGCUGCAGGAGCUGCGCACUCCAUCAACACGACAGGAAGCUUACGAGGUGAUUGAGGAUGCAGACCAUCUGCUGGAGGAGGAGGAGGAGGAGGAGGAGAGGGCGGCAGUGUUUCCUGACGUCCACGUGGUCACCACCGUCACCAGGGUUGCAGAGUCAUCCCGUUCAGCCCUGCAGGCCGCCACCCUGCAGGCCACACAGACGGCCAUUGAGCCAGCAGGCUCUACUGCUGCUGCUGCUGUUGCUGCUGCAGGUGACUCCAGCCUCUCGGAGUCACCUGCCGCAGCCUCCUCUAUCGCGGACAGGCUGGCGGCCCUGCUGGAACCGAGUCUGACGGCGGAGGAGCUGCUGAGGCUGACGCAGCGUGCCAGGGGCCUGGUGGAGGCCGGCCGUGUCUUGGCCGUCCAGGAUGUGGAGGGACAAACUCGGCACGCCAGAAUCAGCCUGGAACACGGCCGCCUGCACCUCCACUCCCUGCAGGCCACGCCCCCGCCCCCCCACGCCCUCACCCUGCAGGUUGACUUUUGAGGGACGUGAAUCGCAUCUCCACCCAGGCAGGAACAAGGAGGCGGAGUUUGAAUCGCGCUGUGGCCACUCUCACUCUGUC